AUGGCAUCCCAGCCUCCCAUGCAAUACCAAAGACUCGGCAAAAGCUCCCUCAAAGUCUCCAAAAUCAUUCUCGGAUGCAUGACAUUCGGCAACCCAUCCUGGGAAGGCAGUCCCUGGGUGCUCUCCGAAGAUGAAUCUUUACCGCUACUGAAAAAGGCCUAUGAUUGCGGCAUCAACACAUGGGACACAGCAAAUACAUACUCAAACGGCCGAUCUGAAGUAAUCAUUGGCAAAGCAUUAACCAAAUACUCCAUACCGCGCAGUAGGGUGGUCAUAAUGACCAAGCUGUUUUAUCCUGUCAUGGAUAUUGACUCUAAUGCGCGACCGAAUCCCGCGGUGAAUGAUGGGAAAUUGGUGAAUCAGAUGGGGCUGAGUCGGAAACACAUUUUUGAAGCGGUUGAGGGUUCUUUGCUGAGGUUGAAUACGACGUAUAUUGAUGUUUUGCAGCUACAUCGCGUUGACGAGACUGUAAGAGAUAAUCCGGAAGAACUUAUGAAGGCGCUUCAUGACCUAGUAGAGAUGGGCAAAGUGCAUUAUAUAGGUGCAUCGAGUAUGCACUGUUGGCAACUCGCGAGACUCCAUUAUACGGCAAAGAUGAACGGCUGGACGGGGUUUACUAGCAUGCAGAAUUUAUACAACUUGCUCUAUAGAGAAGAAGAGCGUGAUAUUAACCCGUUUUGCGAUGUUGAGGGGAUAGGGCUUAUUCCGUGGAGCCCGCUUGCAAGGGGCCUGUUGGCGAGGCCGUGGGAUGUGCAAACGGAGCGCUCCAAACAAGAUGUUAAGACAUCCAAAUGGUUCAGCAGUGAAAAACAGAAUGAGCAGAUUGUGAAGAACUUGGAACAAGUGGCCCGAGAAAAAGACUGUAGUAUGACUGCGGUCGCUAUGGCGUGGUUGUUGAAGAAAGGUGCUUGUCCGAUUGUAGGAUUGAAUAGUUUGGAGAGGAUUGAGAAAGCUGCUGAGGCUCUGACGGUUAAACUGAGUGAUGAAGAUCUCAAGCUAUUGGAAAGCCCUUACCGAAGCGUGGAUGUACAGGCAAUCUGA